AUGGAAGAAGGUGUACAGAGGUGGGCUGUUAACAUAUCCAACUGGAAACCUUCUUCGCAUCAUUUUCUCGCUGCCAUGUCUGUUCUCCCCGGCCAUGAACACUCCUCCAUCACCAGAACCGGGACGGAGUUUCCGGAGAAACAGCGUUGCGCUGAGCUUACCGCCGGAAGAACAGAAGUAUACAGCCCCCGACAAUGGGCAUGGGCCCAUUUACGGAUUUCUGAGCCUGAUCAGCCCCUAAGCUCGACCAGGCCCGUGCCCGUCAUAAUCUUCUUCCACGGCAGAAGCUUCGUCCACUCCUCAGCCAACAGUGCCAUAUACGACACGUUCUGCCGCCGCCUCGUCGCCAUUUGUCGGGCAGCCGUUGUCUCGGUUAACUACCGCCGCUUGCUGGAGCACCGCUGCCCGGCCGCUUACGAGGACGGUUGGGCAGCCUUGAUGUGGGCCCGGUCAAGGCCCUGGCUGACAAGUGGCAGCGAAAUGGAGGAACCGAAGAAGGUUCGUGCUUACCUGGCAGCGGUGAAUUAA